AUGGAAAAUAAAAAACGAAAAAGAUCUCCAAAAACCACAGCUGAACAGUUUUCACUCUAUAUUGAAAAACUUGAAAAUAACAUUAACUUCCGGGAAAACCCCUUCCACCCAGGGGAAGACACUGACUAUAUUAAAAGUGUAUGGCAAAAUUUAACAGAACUGUUAAACAGCAGUGGGGGGCCUAAAAAAAAUUACAAAGAGUGGAAAAAGACUUUUAGCAACUGGAAAACCAGUGUCAGAGCAAAAGCUCGAGCAAUCAAAGCUAGCCAAAAAGAAACUGGUAACGACGGUGAACCUGAAGCUCCACUUACAAAAUUGGAAAUACGAUUAUUAAAUGCAACUGGGAAUAUUGUGGUGAAUGGCCUGGAUAUUCCUGAAUUGGGGUUGGAAGAGGAACCUGUGAUUUCAAAAGCAACAAACACAGCAUCAUGUAGUUCAACCGCAAUUUCUGUGAUUUCAAAGCCAGCAGGCAGUGGACCACGCAGUUCAAACGCAAUUCCUGUGAUUUCAGAGGCAACAGAGGCUCCGUCCAAUAGUUCAGAUGCAAUCCAAAAUAUACGAAAGAAAAAAUGUUAUAAUACAUUCAACAGUGCUCUUAAAAACCUUACAAUGAACACGUCUCAAAAUGAAGUCGAAAAAGAAAAAUUGGUGGUUUUGAGACAAAUAAAUACGAAUUUAAGUAAAUUAGUCGAAUUAGAAACUUUUAAGUUGAAAUUAAAAUAUCCACAAAUUAAUAUUGAGGAGACUGAGGAUAAUGUGCAAUAAGGACCAAGAUAUAUCUAGGUUUUGUUACAGUUUAUUUUGUAAUUCUUGUUAAUAAGUUGAGAGUU